AUGGAAUUUUAGUGUUGUUAAUGUUCGAUAGAGUUCAAUCAGACUGAUCAUUCGCCUCUUGUCUUGCCAAGCUGUGGUCAUUCCAUUUGUUUGUCUUGUGUCAAUUAAUAUACAUCUGGAGAGUAAUCCUUGGUUUGCAAAGAAGACGGAAUUUAAUGCAAUGUCCAAAGAGAUAUCAAAUGUUUCCCCCAUAAUUAAAGCAUAAUUACAUUACUCAAGAAACGUCGAUCAUCAGGUAGAUGUAUAACUACCAUUCAAACUCCUGAUGAACAAUUACAAUAGACUCACAAUUAGACCAAGGAUAUUAGCGAUUUCUCAAGUGAAAAAGGUCUUUCUUAAUCUUAAUCAAUGGAAGCACUGCCUAAGUCUAGUCUCUGUAAAUUGCAUCAGAAGGAACUAGAAUUAGUGUGUCAGGAAGAUGGUUAGUAUAUAUGUGUAAAUUGUGCAUUAUUUGGUCCGCAUAAAUUUCAUAAUUAUCUCCCCAUCGAAUAAUAUCUGAAAUAAAUAGAAUCAGCAGUUCAAUAAAUAUCCAAUGUUUACAAUCAUAUACAAACGGAAAGAAAUAGUUAAGAGUAAUUUAAACAAUUACUGAUUCUUGGACUUAAUUAAUAAUAAAAUUGUUUAAAAUCUCUUAUAGAAUUAUAAUUCGAUGACCUUAUCAAAUCAAUUGGAGAUAUUAAAUUAUAAGUUUUGCAUAAAAUCGAACUUAAUUAUUAAAAUUCUAUUGAACACCAGUCCAAUAAACUUGACUCAGAAUUCAUUUCCUUAUAGAUUGAAGCUGAUAAAUGGUUAAAUUAGGCCAAUAUCUAGUUAAGCCUGUUACUAGAAGAUUCUGAAGAAUAGAAAUGUCGAAAAUUUGAUGAUUAAAUAGUUAAAUAAGGAGAGAUUUUAAUAUCCCAAUUUGAUAAAAUUAAACAACAAAUCAACAUUAAGAUUGAAUAAUCUUACACUUAAAAUGAUAUUUAAGUACCUAUUCAAGUAAUCUUGAAUUACAUUGCUAAAAUGAUGGGACUAAACAAAACUAAAUCUGAAAUUCUUAAAUAAGAAUUCAUCCAACCUCUAGAAUCUAUACUAGAAGAGAAAGACCCUAUUAAAAAAAUUGAUCAAUCUGACUUUCUAUUAGAAGAUAGAUUACUGUAAGAAGAAACAUUCAAUCAAUAAGAAUAAUAAAAACCAUUUUAAAUGGAUGUAUCAAAAGGAAAAAGAUAUUCAGGUAUAUUUUCUUAAUCACAAUAACCAACUCAACCAACUUCACCAUCUUAAGAUAUGACAAAAUCAAUCAACUUUGCAUCUGGCCAAAACUAACCUAUAAAAUAAAAAGAAAGAAGUAUGACAUUAUCACAUCAUGAACUGUUGGAUGUUUCAUAAAUUCUUGUUUAAAAACAAUCCAAAAUGAACAAUAACAAUUCCAAUAGCAAUUCAAAAUAAUAAAAGAAAUUCACAAACAAUCAAAAAAUGAACGAUAAACUAUCGAAUGCAUUCAGUAUCAUUCAUUAAGAAAAAAGUGAAAUCAUAGAUUUAAGUUCCAUAGAUUUUAACGAUCAAAUUGUAUAAAUAUUGGGAGAUUAUUUAAAAGGAACUCAAACAGUAAAGGUAUUGAAAUUAAGUAAAUGUAAAUUAACAGAUGAUCUAAUUUACAAGCUGGCAUUGAACAUCACUUAAACCAAAAUUAAUACAUUACAUCUCCAACAAAAUAAUUUGACAGAAAAAUGUCUUGAUAAUAUUUUAACCCUUUUGAAAUAAAAUGACCAAACCCAGUUAAAAAAUAUAUAUUUGAAUCAAAACAAUUUUACAGCUGUCAAGGCUAAAAAAAAGAUAGAUGAACUUAAAAAACUUGGAAUCCAGAUAUCCCUAUGA